AUGGAUGAGGUGGAACAUGACAUCAACAAGGCUCGACAGAAGAAAACCAAGGUGGGCUCCUACCGAAUCAGGCCUGACGGGACACAGGAGAGGAAAAAGGUUCCCCUGGCCCAGUCCGAGGCGUUCCUCGUCGACCUUUUGGAUAAAGUGUGUAUGCGAAUGAACGAUUACCAGCUGGAGGACGACCCAGUGACCAAGCAGAAGUAUUUCAGGAGAUACGCUCCGAGAAAGGGAGACAAAAUAUACAAAGAAUAUAAAAAGUUCUUCUUUUAUUCUGAUGCCUUCAAACCUUUGAAAUUCGCGUGCGAAGCCAUCAUUGAAAAGUAUGAGGAUGAGAUUUUCGCACUUAUCGCCCAGGAGGCACACCAUCUAGCUGACAUGCUGUGCAGUGAAAAAUCAGAUCUGUGUGGCACUCCAACCAAUGAUCCUGAACCCUAG